UUUAUUAUUUCUCGCUCUAUCUUCCUCCUUUUAUUUUUGCUUCUAUAUUUUUUACUACAGCAAAACCACUCACAAAAACCUCUUUCACUUGAUCCAAGAACCCAUAAAAAAAGGAUUCUUUUUUGUUACUAUAAUGUAAAGGGAGUUUGUUUUUAGCAAGUUUGCAGGGCUUUGUUUUGUUUCUGAUUUUGGGAAAUUGUGGGGAUUUGUUUGACUCAAUUGACAGCAAUGGAAAAUCGCAGUGAAGCAGAAGCAAGUCCUUAUAAGAGUUUGGUUGCUGCCGUGUCAUAUGGAAUUGCUUCAAUGGCUAUGGUUUUUAUCAAUAAGGCCAUUUUGAUGCAAUAUGGUCACUCAAUGACCCUUCUCACCUUGCAGCAAUUGGCGACGGCAUUGCUUAUACAUUUUGGUAGACGAACAGGGUAUACGAGAGCGAGGGGAGUCGAUAUGCAAACAGCUAAAAGACUUCUCCCAGUUUCGUUGUUCUACAAUGCUAAUGUAGCUUUUGCUUUGGCUAGCUUGAGAGGAGUUAAUAUUCCUAUGUAUAUUGCAAUAAAGAGACUCACACCGCUUGCAGUACUUAUAGCUGGAAUUUUCUCAGGAAAGGGAAAGCCUACAACACAGGUUACUCUUUCCGUGCUAUUGAUUGCUGCUGGAGUUAUUAUAGCAGCACUUGGAGAUUUUUCUUUUGACCUUUGGGGAUACGGCAUGGCCCUUACUUCUGUUUUCUUUCAGACGAUGUACCUUGUUUUAGUUGAAAGAUCUGGUGCUGAGGAUGGCCUCUCUUCAGUUGAGAUAAUGUUCUACAACAGCUUUUUGUCUCUUCCAUUCUUGAUAUUUCUCAUCAUAAUUACAGGGGAAUUUCCAAACUCUUUAGCAUUAUUGUUUGCAAAGAGUAAUUCCUUAUCAUUUUUGGUGAUCCUUGUUAUUUCAUUAAUAAUGGGCAUAGUUCUCAACUUCACAAUGUUCUUAUGUACCAUAGUCAACUCAGCUCUAACAACAACCAUUGUGGGAGUCCUCAAAGGUGUUGGGUCCACGACCCUUGGUUUUGUCCUCCUGGGUGGUGUGGAAGUGCAUGCUUUGAACGUGACUGGAUUGGUUAUCAACACAGCGGGUGGUUUGUGGUACUCAUAUGCCAAAUACCAGCAAAAGAUGAGUAAACCUCCAAAGAGAAUAUCAGAUGUAGAGGCUCGUAGCAAAUAAGUCUGCUUUUGAAGAUCACUACUGGUGAUGAGUUGCUGCUUCAGCCGGUUCCUUAUCUGAUUUCUUGUCAAUUUGCCUACACUGUAUAAUUCACAAUGAUCUCAUAGUAACAACCAAAAGGGGUGGAAAAUGAAGUAUAGCGAUAAGUUUUUGUUCUUAAAGAAUAUUCAACUCUAUAGCAUAUCCUUGCUUGGAACACUCUUGAUUUCGUUCGGAGAAGAUGUCGAAGUCUAGAUGGUUAAUGUUGUCCGCUGAUUUAGAUUGGACUUGUGCUUGAAACUGAUGCUUAAGCCACAGAAUGUUGUUCAAAACGUUUUAAUCCUGUGAAAUCAAAAGCUUCUCUUAGCUCA